AUGCAAGUGCAUAUUUCAUCUGCUGCUUCAGUGAAUUUCACACUUUAUGCACUUGACAAUACUACCAUAGAUAACAUUGCUACAAAAGUCGGUAAAAAAUUAAAUAAAAUUCCUGCUACAUUAAUGUUUUUCUAUAAAGGAAAGUCAUUGAGUAGAAAUCAGAAACUUUCGGAUAUAAAAUAUGUCGAAGGAGAUACUAUAACUAUGCAAUGUUUACUUAAUGAAGAUAAUAAAACAAAAAUUAAUUUUGAUGCAUAUGAUAUCAUGGGUCAUAUGGCCUUAAACUUCCUCCAGAAACAAUUAUUUUCAUCACCUGAAAUCAUAAGAACAGCAAAGGCAAUAUAUAGUAAAGAGCAUAGAAAUCCAGAAAUUCAAAGAACUACAGAUCCUGAAAAUUUUGCUGAAUUGGUAUCACAACUUGAGGCUUUAGGCUUUCCAAGCGUCAGAUGUGCGAAUGCUCUUAGAAGAGCUGAUUUUUGCAUUGAUCUUGCAGCUUCUCUCCUUAUGGAUAACCAGGAAGGAAUCCAAGAGCUUACUGAAAUCAUUGAUUUAGUUCAAUGCGUUGAAGAUACAGAUUCAUUAACUAAAGUGGAGUCAAUUCAGACCCCACCGCGUUACCAAGGCGUGUUUUACAUUCCAGAUGAUUAUCUGGAGACGGAUGAAACAUCACCUCUCCAAGACGAAAACCAGCCUCAAUAUGAUCAAGAAUAUUCCGACGAAGAGUCAUAUUCGCCAGCCCCUCCUCGUGUAAUCAGAUCUACUGACUCAAUUCCUUCAAUUUCCAGGAAUUCCCCACCAAAAUAUUCAAAUACUCUAAUUCUUUAUUCUUCCGAUGAUGAUUCCGAGGAAUAUGAUGAAUUACAGAUCACUCCGCCAUUAAAACCAGCGUUUACAAUGAAACCAACCAUGGAACCGCCAAAAUUUUUCGAAGAGCCGCCAAAGCCAACUUGUUCCACUGCAAAAAAUCCAUUGCAAACGCCAAAGAGAGUAAAACCAACACCAAAAGUUCCAAUGGCAAGUCCAAAGAAUAUAAUUCCACCGAUGAGAGCUUCAAUGACAAUUCCAACGCCAAAUAAAGGAUCUCCACAAGCUCCUAUUAAGAAAGUUACCUCUGUUCAAAAGGUUUCGAACAGAUUAUCUACUGCAACUUCAAAAGUUCGUUCUUCCCUUCCAAAACUUCAAAGACCUUGA